AUGAAGAGUUUUCUUUUAGCUGUGAAUGUCCUGGCAUUAACCCUGCCUUUUUUGGCUGCAGAGGUACAAAACCAGGAACAACCAGCAUGCUACGGGAAUGAUGAAAGAUUGUUCAAUCAGAAACCAACUCCAAAUUUCCCAAUUCAUUAUGUGCUGAAUAGCUAUCCUCACUAUGCACCCUAUUUCUACCAACCUAGGCCAGCUGCAUCAAUUCAUGAUCCAUAUAUGCCUUACCAAUAUUAUGUAAAACCAGCUAUAUUUAGGCCACAUUCCUCAGUGCAUCCCCAAAUUCCUCAGUGGCAAGUUCUAUCAAAUAUCCACCCACCCACCGCGAUGCAUCCCCCAUACCAACAUCCAGCAUUUAUUGCCUUUCCCCCAAAGAAAACUCCAGUUCAAACUGCUCUCCCUACCAUCAACACCAUUGCUACUGUUGAACCUACACCAAUUUCUGCCACUGAACCAGUGGUGAACAAUGAGGUCCCUCCCAAAGCUUCCUCAGAGUUCAUCAUCACAAGCACCCCUGAGGCCACCACAGUCCCAGUCUCUUCAACUGUGGCAUAA